AUGGCGGAAUCUAACUUCAAUCCGGAGCAUCAGCAACCGGGAACCGGCUUACCUGGCGGUCCACAGCACCCGAGAAUGCAGCAAAACCAUCUGCGUCAUCCAGCUCCAUUUUUCAACGGUCCACCAUCAUCGCAACAAUCAGCAAAUACCAGCUCAUCUUCUACAGAAACCACCUACCAGCUAAUGCAGCAGCAGCAAGAUUUCUUCCGGAGUAUCAUAUCAUCGAUCAAUGUUCAGGUCCCUCCAAACCCUGAAAUGAUUCUCGACUCGCUGGCGAACAACAUCAAAGAGUUUCGCUACGAUCCGGACGGAAACAUAACCUUCGCUGCAUGGUAUGGCAGAUACGACGAUUUGUUCGAGCAAGAUGCCGCACGGUUGGACGAUGAAGCGAAAGUCCGCUUGCUCAUGCGGAAACUAGGAUCAGCAGAACACGAACGUUACGUGAGUUAUAUCUUGCCGAAAUCGCCAAAAGAUUACAAAUUCAGCGAUACAGUGGAAAAGCUAAAAAUUCUUUUCGGCGCUGCUGAGUCUGUCAUCAGUAAACGGUAUCGGUGUCUACAGGUAACCAAACAACCGACCGACGAUUAUGUUACGUACGCUUGUCGAAUCAACAAGACUUGUGUUGAAUUCGAGCUGAGCAAGCUGUCCGAAGAGCAGUUUAAAUGCUUAAUGUUUGUUUGCGGGCUAAAGUCAGAGGGAGACGGCGAAAUACGAACGCGGCUGCUGGCGAAAAUCGAAGAACGUGAUGACGUCACACUAGAGCAUCUUUCGGAAGAUUGUCAGCGAUUGUUGUGCCUGAAACGGGACACGGCAAUGAUCGAGUCAUCAGCAUCAACGUCAUCAGUGAAUUUCAUCAAGCGAAAACAGCAGUUUUCAAAACGUCAACAUAAGCCACCAGUGGAGUCAGCCGGACCAGACAAGAGCAAACAAAUACCCUCUACACCCUGCUGGUACUGCGGGGGAAUGCACUUCGUUCGAGACUGCACUCAUCGGAGCCACAAAUGCAAGGACUGCGGCAACAUCGGACAUCGCGAGGGAUAUUGUUCCUCUGCCAAGCGAAAUUUCAAGAUCAGCCGAAACAGAAAGCACCCAGGAUCGUUAAAUACAAAAACCGUAAAUCUCCGUAUAAAUACCGUCGAUCAAAAGCGACGUUUUGUUAAAAUUGUACUGAACGGUGUGAAGGUGCGUCUACAGUUGGACACGGGGUCUGACGUUAGCAUCGUAUCGAAACGCUUGUGGGAGAAAAUAGGUAAACCACCCACUGCACCAGUAAAUGAGCUAGCCUCAACAGCGUCAGGCGACCGAUUGCAGUUUUUGUUUAAGUUCAGCUGUCUAGUUUCUUUCAACGGUGAACAACAUCACUGUCAGUUUUACGUGGUCGAAAACUCGCUUUAUCUUUUCGGAAUCGAUUUGAUGGAAGCAUUCGGUCUCUUUUCAUUACCUAUUAGCAUGUACUGCAACAACGUCAGUGUUCCUGCUAUCACUUUGCAGUCACUCAAAGCGGCAUACCCGAGUGUAUUUAGAAACGAGUUAGGGUUGUGCACGAAAACAAAAGUGAAAUUGGAACGGAAACCAGAUGCAACUCCAGUUUUUCGUCCGAAACGUCCAGUGGCUUACGCAGUACACAGCACGGUUGACAACGAACUUGACCGACUGGAACGAGCAAAAAUCAUCACACCGGUAGACUUUUCGGACUGGGCAGCACCCAUCGUCGUUGUCAGAAAAACGAACGGGUCCAUUCGCAUUUGCGGAGAUUACUCUACAGGUCUCAACAAUGCACUGCAACCGCAUCAGUACCCGUUACCGCUACCGGAGGAGAUUUUCAACAAGUUGGCUAAUUGUACUGUAUUUAGCCGAAUCGACCUGUCGGAUGCGUUCCUGCAAGUAGAGGUUGACGAAAGUAGUCGUGAUUUAUUAACCAUCAACACCCAUCGUGGACUCUACCGGUACAAUCGUCUGCCACCGGGAGUCAAAACAGCACCGGGAGCUUUCCAGCAACUUAUCGAUACAAUGCUGGCAGGUCUUCCUCAUACGUGUGGUUAUUUGGAUGACGUCGUCGUUGGUGGUGUCACUACUGAGACACACUGGGAAAACCUUCGCGCAGUGUUUCAAAGAAUCAGCGAGUUUGGAUUUACCAUCCGAGUGGAAAAGUGCAUCUUCGCUCAGCCUCAAAUCAAAUAUGUAGGUCAUCUGCUUGACCGCAAUGGUCUUCGCCCAGAUCCAGCAAAAGUUCAAGCCAUUAACGAAAUGCCACCGCCCACUGAUGUAUCUGGUGUUCGGUCCUUCCUAGGAGCAAUUAAUUACUACGGAAAAUUUGUUCCUCGUAUGCGUUGUCUGCGGUAUCCUCUUGAUGAGCUGCUCAAAGCGGAUGCGAAAUUCAAGUGGACAGCAGAAUGCCAGGCGGCAUUCAUCAAAUUUAAGGAGUUGCUGAAAUCUGACCUACUGUUGACACACUACAACCCUGCACUUGAUAUAGUGGUGUCGGCAGAUGCGUCGUCUGUUGGUGUCGGUGCUACUUUGUCACACAAAUUUCCGGACGGUACUCUCAAAGUUGUGUACCACGCUUCCAGAGCAUUGACAGCGACAGAGAAAAACUACAGUCAGCCCGAUCGUGAAGGACUUGCGAUAAUUUUUGCGGUGACCAAGUUUCAUAAAAUGCUGUUUGGUCGUCGUUUUCAUCUUCAGACAGAUCACGAGCCGUUGCUGAGAAUAUUCGGUUCGAGGAAAGGGAUUCCUGUUUACACAUCGAACCGAUUACAACGUUGGGCUCUUACGCUGUUGCUUUAUGAGUUCACCAUCGAGCACGUUCCGACAGCGAAAUUCGGCAAUGCUGACAUACUUUCCCGUCUGAUCAGCCAGCACGUCAGGCCUGAGGAAGAUAAUGUGAUUGCUUCGGUCUCUCUGGAAAAUGACUUAAGGUCAGUUACACAAGAUGCACUAACCGUUCUUCCUUUAAGUUUUAGGAUCGUACAACAGUCUACACAGUCCGAUCCUAUUACCAAGGCAGUUUAUCGUUACCUCCUUUAA